UCCAUCACUUGACUGAGCUGUCCAUCCAGACCAUUAAAGAAACUGAAGAAGCAGUAUCCAUGACCAACACGAUGACAUCAACGGUCCUCAUCAGCUUCCUGGCCUGUCUGCUCCUGGUCAAUGUUGAAGGCCAGGUGGAUCAUUCUAAAGCUCGGUGCCUGUGUCUGAAUGGAAUGGUGAACCACGUUAAGCCUCUUCUCAUUGAGAAGCUCGAAGUGUACACCUCCAGCCACUCCUGCCGGAACAUAGAGAUCAUUGUCACUCUGAAGAACGGAAAAGGGAAGAAGUGUCUGAAUCCAGAGGCUCCAUUUGCCAAGAAAACCAUUGAGAAAAUAAUGAAAAACCAAAGGAGUGUGCAGUAAAUCUAUGAACUAAUGACAACAAUUCCAUUGGGAACUUGAUGGAACAGAGAGCACCAUGAGAGAGAGCUAAUCCUGAUGAAUUACCACAGUUCAGUCAAUGCACUGAAGACUGCCUGAAUACGUUUACACUGUUUAAUGGUACUUAGAAAAUCCUUUUUUAAAUUGACAAUAUUGGUAUAUCGUACACCAUAUGACUUACUACUUGAGAGACAUUCAUAAAAACUUCAAAUGGAAACUUAAAUAGGCUGAUAUUUAGUUUUUUAAGUCAGUUUAAUAUUUUCUUGAGUGUUCAAUUGUUCAUUGUUCAUUUAUGUAAUUGAAAAUAUAAAAAGUAUGUAAAUAUGUAGAUAUAUUUUUUCAUUUUGAAAGGUCAAGAAUUGAAAUGUUUUACAUUUUGUUUAGUUAUCAAAAUGAUCAACAUUGUGUAAAUACUGUAUAUUCUAUAUGUGUUGUUUACGUUUUCUAUCAAAUUAAUAAAGACGCAUUUGACUCU